UUAUACGUUAAAUACUACACGUGUAUUCAGAUACACAAAAAAAUACUUCAGUACGAAUUAAUGUUAUUAGUAAAUUACAAUAAAAACAUUGCUGAUAAAUUAAAUUUAAUAACAAAGUUAAUCUGCACACUGUGAAACAGUGUUGCCCAACGCACAACGUGUUGGGCAUCACUGCUCGAAACAGCUGAUUGGUAUAGAAAAAGAAGAAGACAAUUAGUCAUCAAACAAAAUUUUGAAAACGAAAUAAGUUGGAAAACCCGAAAAUUCCCCAUACAUUUUGCACUUUGUACAAAGAAUAAAAAACCAAUCAAUAUGAAUCGCCUUUUUGGUCGUGGCAAGCCCAAGGAGCCGGGUCCAAGUCUAAACGAUUGCAUCGCCGGGGUAGAUGCCCGAGCCACAAACAUCGAAGAGAAGAUCAGUAAACUGGAAGCGGAGCUGCGUAAAUACCGCGAACAAAUGUCCAAGAUGCGAGAAGGUCCUGCCAAGAACUCAGUGAAACAGAAGGCCCUCAGGGUGCUCAAACAAAAGAAGGCCUACGAACAGCAGGCGGAAUCUCUGCGCAACCAGUCGUUCAACAUGGAACAGGCCAACUACGCGGCGCAAUCCUUAAAGGAUACUCAGGCCACCGUGGCCGCCAUGAAGGAUGGAGUCAAGCAGAUGAAGACCGAGUACAAGAAGAUCAACAUCGACCAGAUCGAGGACAUCCAAGACGACAUGGCCGAUAUGUUUGAGCAAGCGGACGAGGUGCAGGAGGCACUGGGCCGCACCUACGGCAUGCCCGAGGUGGAUGACGACGACCUGCAGGCCGAGUUGGAUGCCCUAGGGGAUGAGAUUGCCUUGGACGAUGACACCAGCUAUUUGGAUGACGUGGUCAAGGCCCCGGAGGCGCCGAGUCGAGAGCCGGGAGCUGACAGCAUCGUCCCUGGAAAGAGCACCAUUGAAACGGAUGAGUUCGGCUUGCCCAAGAUUCCGACAUCGCUAAAGACCACAUAGGCAAGCAGCUGACAGCUCUCAUGUUCCAUUCUUUAUCCUUGUUGAAUUUUGGGCACGCUUUGUAUAUUUUUUGUGUAAUGGAGCCAUCAAAGACUCCCCCUCAAGUCUCACUUUUGUACCCAUUUGUUUUUUCAAUAAAUAGCCGGUUAAUAAUCACGCCACACUAAG